ACUGCAUCUGUCAGUGACGUCUUUUCCAUCAUGGCGGCGCCCUUUGAGAAUCAUGCUGGAUUGUUUUUUCUUCUAACAUAAUGGACACAGGUUAAGUUGCCAUUUACGCUAGUAUCCUGCCAGUAAAUAAUUAUAUAGCGAAUUAUUUAGGUAUUAUUACAGGUCGUUUGAAAUGAUCCAUUUACUACAAAUUUGUUUGACUUUAUUUUUUUGUCAAAGCAAAGGUUAUUGUGUAGAGGUAUAACUUAUUGUAGUGAAUUAUAUAAUGCAUGAUUUGCGAGUUCCUACCAGUACGUCUAUUCUGGUCUGUGUAGAAGCGCUCAAUAGCUGCUGUGUGUGAUUUUUCUGAUCUCUGUGUGGUGAGAAGAACGUGUACCAUCUUCAUCCUUCAAGUUAUUCUUUCUUCAGCUCAAAACCAUGACAGUUUUAUUGCAUUUGGGUCUCUCAUUCAUGACUCGUAAAUUUGUCAAAGUCCAUGUCAUGUGUUUGGAUAGACAUCAUGUGGUUCGGAUUAAACCGUUUCUCUGUGGCCUGAGGAGUUUUGGGACUGACCAAAAUGAUUCUGACAAGGGUUCAGAUGCACCCGUGUCCACUUUCCCACCGUUCUCUCAAAGAUCUUCUUUGUCUGGAAGACGUCGACCUCUGUCCCCACUGGAGAGAGUCAGUCAACUGCUGCCUGAAGACAGUCUGAGUCAAGAGGUUUGUGAACUACGAGACACUCGAAACAAUGAGGUUGAACAUGACACUCAGAGUCUGGGGAAGGAACGAGAAGAGGCAACAGAGGAACCUCAAUCUUUUGCUCCACAUCAUGUGUGUGUUCCUGGGGAAAGGCCAAUAUGUUUCGGAGAGACUCUACUGUCCGAGUUCAGUCGAAAGAGACGUUUAGAGUUUCGGAAGAUGUUCCAGCUAAAGGAAGGCAUGAAGCUCCAUAGUAACUGGGGAUUCAUAGCUCAUGAGGACAUGGAGGGACAUCCUGCUGGAAGCAUCAUACGCACUUCAAUGGGAAUCCCGAUUCUCAUUCGCCGACCCAGCCUGGAUGAGUUCACUCUCUUCAUGAAGAGAGGGCCAGCUAUUGCAUACCCUAAAGACGCCAGUGCGAUGUUGACAAUGAUGGAUGUGACCGAAGGAGAUUGUGUUCUGGAAUCAGGCUCUGGAUCUGGUGCUAUGAGCCUUUUCCUGUCCAGGGCAGUGGGUUAUAAAGGAAGUGUUUUGAGUGUGGAGAUAAGAGAGGACCAUCACAGAGUUGCUGUAUUAAACUACAAGCGUUGGCGGUCCACGUGGAGUCUUCGGCGAGGGGAGGAAUGGCCUGAUAAUGUUCACUUUCACCAUGGAGACCUCAUAUCUGCCGCUCCUCUUCUAGCUGGGCGGGGUUUUAACUCGAUCGCUCUGGAUAUGGUUAAUCCAUAUUUGGCCUUACCUGCUGUGGUUCCUCACCUCCAUCCUGGAUCUGUGUGUGCUGUUUAUCAAGCAAAUAUCACACAGGUCAUUGAUCUGAUGGAGGGUCUGCGAUGCUCCGCCCUUCCUCUGGUGUGUGAACGCAUUGUUGAGGUUCAGUACAGGGAUUGGCUUGUUGGCCCGUCACUCAAAAAGGAUGGAACAUUUAACAAACGAAAAGCUCCACAUGAAGAUGAAUGUGAACCAAGUGAAGACACGGCAGGGGAUUUGAAUUGUCAAGAUCCGGUGCCGUUUGGAGAUGUCCCGUACAUUGCACGUCCUCAUCCUGAACAGACUGGUCAUACAGCUUUCCUCAUAAAACUACGAAAGGUCUUGAAAUAGAUGCACUACUUAUGUGAAUACAAGAGUACAACAAAGCUGCAGUGUCUCAUAUAUAUGCUUUAUCAAUAAACUUGUCCAAUAAAAGUCUUUUAUUGUACA